AUGAGCCCUUUCUGGGGAAUAGAAAGUGAAACAAAGAAUGCUUCGUAUAUAAGAAGCAACAAGUCCAGAUGCAGGAAGCACAGCAAGAUGGAUCAACAGCUGCCGACAAGAAGAGGUCCAUUAGUCAGAGGCAACAACCAUAGGUGGCAACUCGAACCAGAUGUGUUUUGGCGGAAUUACACCCCUAUAGGACGACCGGAGCGUACUCAUCUCCUGUAUGAAAUCCGGUGGGGACGAAGUCGCAGGUACUGGAGAAACUGGUGUACAAGCAACCGCACCCACCAUGCUGAAAUCAACUUUUUGGAAAAUGCCUGCGAGGAGAUAGACCGUCGGACAACCACCCCAUGCACUGUCACUUGGUUUCUAACAUGGAGUCCUUGUGGUAAAUGUAGUGGCCGUAUAAAGCAGUUCUUGCAGGAACACCCAAAUGUGACCCUGAAGAUAUGUGCUGCACAAUUAUACAAACAAAAUUACAGGUUCAAUCAGAAAGGCCUCAGGGACUUGGCUAAUUUUGGAGUCCGGAUAUACAUCAUGCAACUGGCUGAUUAUUUAUAUUGUUGGAUAACAUUUGUGGCUCACCAAAGGAAUGAAGACUACAUUCCGUCACUGUGGGAUUUCUUGCCUUCAAUAGAGUUUUAUUCCCAAGAACUGGACUCCAUCCUCAGGCCUUUCUGAGUUAUCCCAGGUGCUGUGGACCAUUACCUUCUGUCAUCAGAGGAUCUGUGAUCUCCUUAACAGCAGAAAGUUCUGAUGAUUCUUUGCCAAGCCUUAAAUAUCUGUAUAUUUCAUGGGCAAACUAGAUGCGAUAACAAAUACAUUUAUAAGGACAUUGAACAAUGAUGGGCCCAGGACAGCACCCCACUUGUCACUUUUUCCCAGGAUGACAAGGAAGCAUUAAUGAGCAGUCUUUGGGUUCGGCCAGCCAACCAGCUACAAAUCUACCUAACAGUUACCUCGUUCAACCCACGUUUUACAAACUGCCUCCCAAGAAUAUCAUGAGGGAUUUUGUCAAAGGCCUUACUGAAAUCAAGAUACACUAUGUCCACAGCAUUCCCCUGAUCCACCAUGCUUGUAACUCUGUCAGAAAAAGAUAUGAGCGUCGUCUGGCAUGACUUGUUUUUGAGAAACCCAUGCUGGGUCUUAGUAAUCACAGCAUCCUUUUCUAAGUGCUCACAGACCGACUGCUGAAUUAUCUUUUCUAGGACAUAUUCUGGUAUCGAUGUCAAGCUCAAAUUUGUGGAGGACAAGGCUUUCAUUGGCUGCUAGGCAAGAUGUCCUUGUUCCACCUCCUCUGUCAGAGGCAGUAUGCCUCUGAAUUGCAGUUGCUGGGAAUCACCAGUGGGGAGUGCCCUGUUGCUCUCAUGUUCUGCUUGCCUGAGUCCCAUCUGGUUGGCCACUGUGAGAACAGGAUGCCGGACUGGAUCGGCCUUUGGCCUGAUCCAGCACAGCUCUUCUAAUGUUCUCAUGAAGGUAACCUCUGAAAAUCACUGUUAGGCACAAUUAACUUCCCUUUCAAGGGUAAUAGCAACUGCAGGGUGUGGAAUGGGUUCUUCAGAUCACAGCAGGGCAGUAGGAUAAAACCUCCUCUACCUGCUUGCCUCCAGUAGUCCCUAUUAAAAUUGCCCCCAGGACUGCUAUUAAUUUUAAAAUGGACAUUGAUACGAUUUAAAAUAAUGUGUUUAGCAUCUCGUUUGUCUACUUGUGUCUUCAAAUGAUUGUUAUGCUUUUUAAUAAGUUAGGAAUUAUUUUUAUGAUGUAUGCACUUAAGUCCUGAUUUUUCUGUGUCAAGCAGUAAUGUUCCUCCAGUCAAACUUCUAAAUAUAAACUUUACUACUUUUCUUUA